AUGGCCAACUACACGCGUCCCGGAUUGCUCAUAGAAAUCCCAGCAGAUUUAGCUCUCGAUGUGCACAUUUCUCAAAGAACCCGGCAAGUCACGGCAGAUGAGAUAUACGGAAUCUGCGGCAGUGCAUAUCCCCAAUGUGGUCGACAAGGGAGUGAAUCGCGGAUAUAUUCUGUGAGCACAAUAUCCAUUGAGUUCAAUCAUAGGAAAUCUGAGCCUCUAGAACAUGUUUCGAACUCAGAUGUGGCUGAACAACUAGAUGCCCUUGGUUUUCGCCACAACACAAUAAAACUAUAUGGUGAAUGGUUGAAGAAGCACUUUGGCGCUGAAAUUUCAGUUGACGAAAUUCAAAAAGCUUGCGACGCCGUUUUAGAAAACCAUUACGACCUUGCACAGCUCUAUGAGGAUCGAAAUCUAGAUUUCUUUUCUGAAAGCGGUGUCGAACUCGAAGUUGCUCGCGUUUUCACUGACUUCAUGUGGUCGGCGUUCGUUAUAUAUACGGCACAACGAGAUGCCAUAGCUCGCAGUUAUUCGUUACUUGUGUCAUUGGGCUACAACAUCGUUCCAAAAUUGGCUAGAACUCUACAUCCUGACUUCCUAGUACGAUAA